AUGUGACGUCAUAUUCAACAUCGAUCUUCACUGGUGGGGACUCACCCCUAAAUGAGUUGUAGUACGUUGAGUUAUUGAAUGACGGAGCGGGUAGGAGUAACGACUUCUCGGAAGCAUCCACAGACUUCCUGGCGCUAAAUCAAUGUUUGGUUGACCUUGAUUAGAAAAGCAAUGUCAAAUUGUCGGCCCUGGUGAAAAUCGACGUCUUUUAGUUCCUUCACUUUUUGUCUCUCUCUGUCUUUACUACCUUUUUUACUGGCAUCCACCCCCACUGCUAUGAGUAUCAACCAACGUCGAUGCCACCUCUACUUCGGCCACCCUUAUUGCAGACAACAUGACCCCACCAUCACAGUAGGGGUGGGAUAUACCGCUGUACACCGACACAAUCCACAGGCGGCGCAGGAUACUGACGCGAAAGUUACAUUUUGUUCAGUUUUAUUGUUAUUGUGCUCUCUAAAAAUUGCAUAAAAAUAUUCAGUUAUAAAUUGACUGAAUAAUGAAUUAUUGAUAAUUUGAGAGAAAUUUUCAAUUUUUACGAUAUUAAUUGAUCCUUGUGGGAGUAAGAAAAUAUUUGAGAUAUUAAUUGGUUACCUCCAACACGGUGGAGGCCCUUGAUGCCUAGGAAUUCAUCGAACACGCCAUUUUGUUGCGACUCCAGACGCGCAUCUAGAAAAAAUAUUGUAAAAAAGACCCUGUAUACCUUUGAGUGUUUUUCAUAACUGAAUUAUUAUAAUUGAUUAGAAUAAUUGAUAGUAAAAUGUUAUAGAAAAUGGCGCAACAACAGCUGAUAAUAUGAAAAAAUAUUUUCACAGCAUCCUUAUUUAUGUGUACUUGUUUGAUGAACUAAAAUUAUUUCGGAAAGAAUUGAUUGAAUAAUAAAACUGUCAAUUUUUGGCAUACAUGUGAUUUAAGUGUGAUGUGUGAUGAAAUCUUGUAAUCAGUUUUUUAAAAAUAUAUUUUAUCUUAAAUUCCAAAUUUUGUGAGGAAUGGGAUAAAAUACGUGAAGAAAUUAAUCGGAUAAUUUCGAAAAAUUUAACAUAGAGGAAAACUUUCCUCGUUGAAAAAAUGAGAACUCCAGGAUCAGAAACCGAACUCUGUCGUUCUCAUGAAAAUUAUGGAUUCGAAAUUCAAAUCAGGAAGAAGACGUCUACGUUGUCAUCUUCACCAAUACCAUCAUCUUCUGGGAUAAUUGUCAAUCCACUACCUCUUACAGAUUCACAAUCUGACAACCAUAUUUUUAGUAAUAGUAUGUUAUGUAUUCAAGAGGAGCUUGGACAAUUGAGUAGAAUUCCAGUUGGAUCAAGUAUGACAACAGGAGUAAUAAAAGACGGCCAAAUAAUAAAAUCCGAGACUGUAUUAAAUCUUCCAGAAACAAAAAGUGAUGGAAGUUCUGACAAUACAAUUAAGAAAGAAUCUGACAAUAGUGUUGAUAGUCAGAGAACUAGUUGGGUAGAAGGAAUCUUAGGAUGUAUGCGACCUGUUUGGACGAUGCUUUCAAAAGCUACAGCACCAGAAAAAAUAAAAGGCAAUUCAGAUGACUGGGAAAUUGCGUUUGAAUCGAUAAAAGAACUUCAAUGGUUAGGAUCUGGUGCUCAAGGUGCAGUAUUUAGUGGUAUGCUAAACAAUGAAAUAGUAGCAGUAAAGAAGGUACGAGAACCUCGAGAGACUGAUAUAAAGCAUCUUCGAGAAUUGAAUCAUCCAAAUAUUGUAAAAUUUCGUGGAGUAUGUACACAAGCACCUUGUUACUGUAUUAUUAUGGAAUUUUGUCCUUACGGACCACUUUAUGAUUUAUUAAGAGCUGGAGAAUUUAUUCCUCCACCACGUCUAGUUUCAUGGUCACGACAAAUAGCUGCAGGCAUGGCUUAUCUUCAUUCACAAAAAAUAAUUCAUAGAGAUUUAAAAAGUCCGAAUGUUUUAAUUGGUCGUGAAGAAGUUGUUAAAAUAAGUGAUUUUGGUACAAGUCGUAGUUGGAAUCAAAUAAGUACAAAAAUGAGUUUUGCAGGAACUGUUGCAUGGAUGGCUCCUGAAAUUAUUCGUAAUGAACCAUGUUCUGAAAAAGUUGACAUCUGGUCAUAUGGAGUUGUUUUGUGGGAACUUUUAACAGGUGAAAUUCCGUAUAGGGAUGUAGAUUCAUCAGCAAUUAUUUGGGGAGUUGGUAGUAAUUCCUUGCAUUUACCAAUUCCAUCGACGUGGCCUGAAGGUUAUCAACUUUUAGUAACACAAUGUUGGUCAGAAAAACCACGAAAUCGUCCAACUUUUGGACAUAUUGAAUCUCAUCUGAAUAUUGCAGCUGGUGAAGUGCGUUACAGAAAAUACGAUGAAUAUUAUAGAACUCAGCAAACAUGGAAAGAAGAGAUUAGAUUAGAGUUGGAAAAAAUGAAAAAGAAUUCGAAGAAUACGACAUUUGAGGAAGAUUUAAUUCGUAAACGAAAAGAUGAAUUGAGGCAUGCUCAAGAUAUUAGAGAGCAUUAUGAAAGGAAAUUAGAAAGAACGAAUAAUCUUUAUAUGGAACUGAGUGCAGUUUUAUUACAAUUAGAGCAACGAGAGCGAGAUGUGGUGAAACGUGAACGAGAAUCUAGUUAUAAACAAUGUAAAAAACGUUUAGUACAUCCAUUACUUAAAGCUCAAGAAAGAUUACAUCGAAGACGUAAUGCUCAUCAACAGUCAAGUUCUACAACUACCCCUACGACUCCUCCUUCUCCAACUGACUCACCUCAAUCCCCAGUAAAAGCGACGCUCUGUACUCAAAUUAAUGAAUGUACAAAUCAACCAGAGACUGUUGUUGUUCCUAAUAAUAAUGGUAGUUUUAAACAAAAAAAAUAUCGGCAUCGUAGAGUUGGUUCUGGUGGAAUAAUUGCAGUAAGUCCACGGUCAUCUCCUCAUCGAGAACGUAAAAGUGGAGAAUUGUCAAUUAAAUAUGUUGAUCAUCAAACUCAAACAGAUAUUACUAGUAUUUCUGAUUCAAUAGAGUCAAUAAGAAAUUCAUUUACUAAAAAGAUUUAUAAUUCACCUACUAGUGAACGAAUGCUCGAUUUUUCUGAUAAUGUAUCUGAACCUAUUAAUGGAAAUUUAACAUUAAAUAUUGCUAAUCUUUAUGAUGCUGAAUCACGUAAUGGUAAUGAACAACUGCGAGAUUGUAGUGAUGAUGAUCAUCUUGAAACUCUUGGAAGGAAAGUUUCCGAAAUUAUCAAUGCCAAUCGAUUAAUUUCUCCUGUUGAUAAUGAUAACUGUAAUGAUUUACCUUACAGUGGAGUAGUUAAUAAUGCAACAGUUGAUGGUGACUAUAAUGUUAUUUUUUCUGAUAUAAAAAGUAUCUUGAAUGAACAAAAAAAUAAACCAAUCGUUGUAGAAGAUGAAAAUGAAAACAAUGAAAGGAUUAUAAAAACAAGUGAGAAUGAAAACAAUAAUGAGGAUGAUGGUGAUGGUGAUGAUGACGAUGAUGGUGAUGAUGAUGAGGCAUGUGAAGAUGGAUGGUCUGAUGAGGAACGAGAAAAUUCAAAAUACGGAUUCAAUUAUUCAUUACGAAGACGAAGUGUUGUAAGAAGACCAAUAGGACCAGGUUGUCGCAUUCGAAGGUUUAAACAAAAUGUAGUAAGUAUCGAUAGAGGCCUAGUAUCUGAUGAAGAAAAUACCUCAGAGUAUUCUCAUCCACCUUCAAGUCAUUCAUCAACUCUUGAGAGUAAUCCCGAUGUUCAAAGAGCCUAUAAACGAGUUACUUCUCGUGGAUACAAAGGAAAUAAUAACGAAAGCUUUUUGACUGUUCGAUGCUCUAAUGAGCGUGAAAUCACCGUGAGUCUUUAAAUAAUACAAGUGAUAGAAAAAUAGUCUAUAUAUCUCGCCAAACAUUUUUGUUACUAAAAUUUUAUAGAAUCUUGUAGGUAUGCUUUACUCUCAUACUACGUGUUCACAUGAUUACAAUGCCAAUGAAAAUAAAAAAGAAUUGAGAUUAAAUUAGGUAGGAUUGAGAGGGACGCAUUGCACGUACUUUAUAUAGUAGUAGUACGUAUUAUUUAAUUGUAUAUAAUAUUGAUGAGACUUUGUAAAUAAUUGAAAUGGUAAAUAUUAAUUUACAAAAGUAUAUUGCAUUUACAUAAGUUGGACUACCAAUUAAAAAUAGCUCUAAAGAUAAUUGAGAGUAAAACGUGUUAAAAAAUGUAAAAAGAAUCGUGCUAUGUUGUUAUUAUUAUUAUUAUUAUUUUUUUUUUGUUAUUGAAAAUAAUUAUCGCUCAUAUUGAUUGUACAAAUAUUUUUGUGUCUGCAUGACAGUAUGAAAUGUACAUAUGAAUGUUCUCGAUCUCAUAUAAUAUGUUCAAUUGUAUGGAAACAGGAAUGUGUGAACGGAACGAAGCGAACCUUUUUUUCCAUUAUUGGAAAAAUAAUUAUUGUGAUUGUGCAAUUAUGUUUACUCAUUUUAGAGAAUAUAUAAUAUUUAUAUAUAUACAAAUGUGCCGCCCAAGAUAAGUUAGAUUAACUUUAGUAUGAAAGAAAUGAAUUAUAAUGAAAUAAUGAUAAUAAAGUAAACGAGAAAAAAAAAAUAAGACGAAUUUUGACGAAUCAUUAUGUUUUUUGCAAUAUUGUAAAUUAGAAUUACAUAAAUAAUUAGGUAAUUAUUAAUACGGAGCUGUACUGAAAACAUAAGUAAUAAUGACAUGAUAAAGAUGUUUUUUCUUGUACUUCAUUUUUUAUAACAACAUUCAAUUUUUGAGAUUAAUAAAUUUACAAAUGAAACUUUAUUAACAGAUGCUUAAAGAUUCGAGAUAUGGAGUGCCUUGAAGUGGUUUUAAAAGAAAUUUUUGCACAGUAAAACAUGAUUUAAAACAGCUGUACCUGCUUUGAAAUAAAAAUGCCUUAAAAUGGAUAUAUAAAUGAACGUUAUAUCUUUAAUAGGCAUUUACAUUUUGACAAUAUUAAAAAAAAAAAUCAAUAUUUCGAAACAUACAAAAAAUGAGAUAAUUUACGAAAAAAAAUUAAUAAUUAGAUUAAGCAGCUCCGCAUAUUACAUAAUAAAUAGUGUAUUAGAAGUUAAAGGUUGGCAGCUAAAUUAAAGUGGUUCGUCUUUUUUUUUUAUUAUAAUUUAAACGUUUAAAUAUGUAGAUAAUUAUAAACAAAUAUAUUUCAUAUAAUGUAUGGAGUAAAAUUUCUUUACCACUACAAAGUAUAUUAAAU